UAGGGACAAAGUCUGCCAGACAGUGCCACAAAUUUUCCGAGUUGCUGUCGGUUGCAUGUUGAUAUCGUCAUUGUCGGGCACUGAAAAGGCGGAAGAAUUUUAUUGUGAAAGGAGCAAGUUAGAUAUGGCAGAACAAAAGGAAGGCAUCUGUCACUUAUACAUCUGGGAGAAACGCGCAAUGUUUUCGUUUUCUCGUCAAAUCGAACAUGCUGCUUUUGGAACGCCGUCAGGAACGUACAUAAGUAUACACCCUGCUCGCAUUCAAGGCUUUCGUCCAAAUCCUGUCAUGAUUAAACACUCUCUGAGAGAAGACAUUAAGGACAAACAACAUCCAACUCAUAUUCUUGCAUUACUCGGUCUAAAUACGAAAGGUAUAGACGAAUGGUACAAAACGUUUGAUAAAACACAUGCAGAAUUUGAAGAGUUGACCCAGGAUUACAGUACGCUCGCGACUGCUCUCAGCAAGGGUUCCGUCUUCUUCAAGACUUUCUUUACGGAGCACAAGUCCAAAGUUGAUCCAACCAUAAUAGCUGAAGUGGCUGGAAAGUAUACAGACGAAAUGUUGCAUAAAGAUGUUAACAAAGCUGAAAGCGCUGCAAAAAACGGGGGGAAAUAAGCAAAUUGUAGGAAUACGCCGCAGUGAAUUGACAUUUUACAAAAUAUAGAUAACAAAUCUUUAAUCGUUACACUUAUAGAUAUCGGAUAUAAGAACGGACGAUGUAUUGCUACAUGUAUUAUAAUUGCAUAUCUGUAUAAUAUGUACAAAAAUAAAACCACGUUCUAUUGCCUUUAUCAUGUGUGUUUCUAAGUUACAUUAAACUAACUGCCUUUCUGAUGUGUCUGGACGCAUUCUCUACAUAAAAUAAAUGCUUUAAAAGCU